AAUUUGUUUGUUGAUUCUUCUUUUAGGCAUCAAGGCAAAGUGUCCUCUUUCAGAUAUCUGAAGCUGCUGCACAACUCACUGCGUACAGAGGGAGCUCUCAGAAGGCAUUUGCUCUGAUUAUUGAUGGAAAAUCACUUGUUUAUGCACUUGAAGACAAUAUAAAGAACAUGUUUCUGGAGCUAGCGAUGCAUUGUGCAUCUGUUAUUUGUUGUCGCUCAUCCCCAAAGCAGAAGGCACUGGUUACUAGAUUGGUUAAAUCUGGAACUGGGAAAACAACCUUAGCCAUUGGGGAUGGAGCUAACGAUGUGGGAAUGCUUCAAGAAGCAGAUAUAGGGGUUGGUAUAAGUGGUGUUGAAGGAAUGCAGGCAGUUAUGUCUAGUGAUAUUGCAAUUGCACAAUUCCGGUAUUUGGAACGGUUACUCCUGGUUCACGGACAUUGGUGUUACAGAAGGAUCUCGUCUAUGAUAUGCUACUUUUUCUACAAGAAUAUCACAUUUGGUUUCACUCUAUUCUUGUAUGAGGUGUAUGCAUCAUUCUCUGGACAACCAGCUUACAAUGACUGGUUUUUGUCUCUGUAUAAUGUCUUCUUUUCAUCACUUCCUGUGGUUGCACUUGGGGUGUUUGACCAGGAUGUAUCCGCUCGGUACUGCCUGAAGUUUCCUUUGUUAUAUCAAGAAGGAGUACAGAAUGUUCUGUUCAGCUGGCGUAGAAUACUCAGCUGGAUGCUUAAUGGAUUUAUCAGUGCCUUAAUAAUUUUCUUCUUCUGCACAAAAGCGAUGGAGCUCCAGGCCUUCGAUGCAGAAGGUAGAACUGCUGGAAAGGAUAUACUGGGAGUAACAAUGUACACCUGUAUAGUUUGGGUUGUAAACUUGCAAAUGGCACUAGCGAUAAGUUAUUUCACCUUGAUCCAACAUUUUUUCAUCUGGGGUUCCAUUCUUUUCUGGUAUAUUUUUCUCAUGGUAUAUGGAGCAAUACCCCCACACUUUAGUAAAGAUGCUUACAAAGUCUUCAUUGAAGCUCUUGCUCCAUCCCCUUCCUAUUGGCUUGUGACAUUCUUUGUGGUUAUCUCAACCCUUAUACCAUACUUCUCUUACGCAGCAAUUCAGAUGCGGUUCUUUCCCAUGUACCAUGAACUAGUACAAUGGAUAAGGUAUGAAGGGAAGAUUAAGGAUCCUGAGUUUUGUGAUAUGGUGCGGCAGAGAUCAUUGCGGCCAACAACAGUGGGUUCAACAGCACGUUUGGCUGCUAAGGCUCACAACGUUAGAGACAGAAAUGUUAAACGGUAGAUAAGAUAUUUUGACAAAUUAACCAUGAAAGCAUUUAGUUAGUUUGUGUACAGCUUCCUACAAAUAUGUAGUUUUUUUUUUUGCCUGUGGUCAUGGAAUUGCUUGCUGGAUCCUUUGAACCAGAGGAGUGUUGCUUACAAGUUAGAUCCACUUCCACGGUGAUUGCAUGGUGCAAGGACCAGUAUUUGUGACUGAGGCUGGAAAGAAAAAUAAAAUUGUAUAUCUGUUUCGGCCAUUUUGCUGCUGCAAACAAUUCAUUUAUCCACUUGUAUCAUAGUAGUUACUGUAUAGAGACAGACCAAUUCUUUGUAAGAUUGGAUUAGAGCUGCUUGCUGUUGUAGAAAACAAAGUUAUCCUAUUACUGAGAA